AUGGCUACACCUUCAGCGAUUCCCAAGAUUGGCGUUCCCUCUGACCCCUCCAAAGAACCACUUACUGCCCCCAACUCAGCCCACUCCCCCAAACUCCCCGCACCCAAGUUCCGCCUUGAGAUCCACGACCUCCGACAUCCUGCAGCCCUAUUCUUCCUCACCUCCGUGUCCGACCUCACAACUACACUUGAAACCGCCCUCGCCGCAAUUAUCAAGAACCUCUACACCCCCUCCGCCCACGAUAAGGCCACCGCUGCCGCCCCGAAACGAAAGCAUCCGCCAACAUUCACACCAUCUCUCCCACCGACGCGCUCCGUGACAGUCCUCCUACGCGAUGUCGGCGGUGUCGCCUAUACAACCGGCAAGGACAUUGACAACGACCACAAAGAAAUCCACGUCUCCCUUGGGUACAUCGAACACUGUGCUACCAAGGCCGACCCCCUCGCCGAGAUAGUAGGCGUGCUCACCCAUGAGCUCGUCCACUGCUACCAAUACGCUGCCCCGCGUGCUACUCUUGACGGUAGGCCUGAUGACUGUACCCCUCGUGCCCCGGGUGGUUUAAUCGAGGGGGUUGCGGACUUUGUGCGUCUCAAAGCGGGACUGAGUCCGCCGCAUUGGAGUCGGCCGACGUGUGCCAAGGAAAGGCCUGAGAAGUGGGACUCCGGGUAUCAGCAUACGGCGUACUUUUUGGCGUGGUUGGAGGAUGUUCGGGUUGGGAGGGGGGCGGUAGGUCUGCUGAAUGAUCGGUUGUGCCGGGUUGGAUAUGUUGGAGACGGUAAGUCGAAGGAGGCCCAGGAGCAGGGCGGUCACAAGGGAGAGGGCUUUUGGAGGGCUUUGUAUGGGUCCGAGAUCGAUCAAUUAUGGGACGAGUAUGGCAUUUGGUUAGAUAGCCCCAACGGCCAGGGGAACUGGGAAGAUGAGCUCAUAAAUCCGGCCGAUAACUAG